AAAACCCUCGUCCCUCUUCGCUCCCAAACCCCUUCUCUUCCAUUCUGAAGCCGCUUUCCAGUCUUUGGCCUUCGAAUGCGAACCCUACCCAUUUCUUCUUUCUUAUCUAUAUUAUCUUCUUCGGUUUCAAGGUUUGAUUUUUAGCUAGGCGCCUAGUUUUUUACUCUAGGUUUUCGCAGUAUUGCCUGCUAUGGUGUCUAGCUCCAGAAUGGAUAGUAGCACACCACCAGCUUUUUCUGCCAGACUGCGCAAAACCAUCCAAUCCAUUAAAGAAAUUGUGGGUAACCAUUCUGAUGCUGAUAUUUAUGUGGCCCUUAAGGAGGCCAACAUGGAUCCUAAUGAAACCACGCAGAAACUGCUCAACCAAGAUACAUUCCAUGAAGUGAAGAGAAGAAGAGACAGAAAGAAAGAGAAUUUAUUUGCAGCCUCAAAGUGUUGGAUUCAAGGCUACAUCUGAACCACAAAGACGUACUGAUGACAUUGGUCGCAGAAUGAAGUCUCAUGCUCCUCCUGAACGUGGUGCUCGUAGAAUAAACUAUUCUCGAAAUACUUUACCUGGCAUCAGCAGAGAGUUUCGUGUUGUGAGAGACAAUAGAGCAAAUCAUGUAUAUAAAGAAGUGAAGCCUCCUUCAGUUCAACUUUCAACAUCCGCCAACAAGCAAUUAAAUUCAUCCGAGAAAGGCUCAUCAGCAGAUUCCAGCAAUCGAAAGUCAUAUGUUGCUAGAAAGUCAUCUCAGGUUCCAAAUGGUCCUUCUGAUUCACAUACUCGAUACUCAGAUGAUGCUGUUUCUAAUGCCAUUGACAGACAAGGUUCAUCUGAGGAGAAGCAAGGUAUGACUCCAAAUACAGCACUGCAGUCGCAACCAGUUAAGCCCAGCAAUGUCCAUCAAAAUUCUGUGACAGUGGCAUCAGCUAGUUCUGCUGUUGGAGUAUAUUCCUCUUCCACAGAUCCAGUUCAUGUUCCUUCUCCUGAUUCCAGAGCAUCAGGUGCUGUUGGAGCUAUUGGGCGUGAAGUAGGGGUUGUUGGUGUUCGGCGACAUUCUUCAGACAACUCAUUGAAACAAUCAUCUGUUCCUAGUAGUUCUUUUGCUAAUUCACUUGUGGGAAAAGAUGGUACCUCUACAAAUUCAUUUCAAUCAUUUAAUACUAUCUCAAAGACUGAACAGUUUAGUGAAACUAAUGUAAUUGAACCUUCAUUCCCCGGCAUGCCAGUUAGCAGAUCAUUCUUGAACAAUCAGUAUAACAAUAGGCAACAUCAGCAAUCUGUGGGGCAUCAGAGAGUAUCACAGCACAAUAAAGAGUGGAAACCCAAGUCAAGCCAAAAACUAAAUGUUAGCAGUCCUGGAGUGAUUGGAGCACCUAAAAAGCCAGCCUCACCUGCUGAAAAAUCUGAAGAUAUAGAAUCAGACAUGGCAAAGCUUAAUGAUAAACUUUCACAAGUAAAUAUAUUUGAGAACCAAAAUGUGAUCAUAGCAAAGCACAUUCGUGUUCCAGAGACUGAUCGUUGUCAGUUGACUUUUGGGACCAUUGGGAGCGGAGUUGAUUCUUCUAGGCAUCAAUCUGAUUGCCAACCGGUAGGAACUGCUGAAAAAUCAAAUGAGGAGCCUGUAGCAAGCUUGUCAGUACCAGAGCCAGAGCUGAGCAGCGAUGUUUCUGGAAGCAAGCAGUUGGAAUUACAGGAUGACCUCAUUCAAAGCACUGGGUCUGACUCACCAGCGUCUGCUGCUGCUGCUGAGCAACAAUUACCAGACAACAAGGAAUCUCCAAGACCUCACAAUCUUGACAAUUAUGCGGAUAUUGGGUUGGUACAAGAUAAUAGAUUGUCAUAUGCACCUUCAGAAUUGCAGCGGCAGCAGGAUUCACAUGAUAUGCCGGGCUUCUCAGCAUAUGAUCCACCGACUGGGUAUGACAUACCCUAUUUGAGACAGACAACAGAUGAAACUGUACGAGGCCAGGGUCUGCCAUCUGCUCAGGAGGGUUAUGGUUCUCAUAAUUCCAAUAAUAUUUCUACCUCCACAAUUCCGAUGGUGCAACAACAACCUCCCGUGGCACAGAUAUAUCCGCAAGUUCACGUUUCGCAUUUCUCUAAUCUUAUGCCAUAUCGUCAGUUUCUAUCUCCAGUAUACGUUCCACCAAUGCCUAUGCCUGGAUAUUCAAGCAAUCCUCCUUACCCACAUCCAUCGAACGGCAGCAGUUACUUGUUGAUGCCUGGAGGUGGUUCUCAUCUUAAUGCCAACAGCAUUAAAUACGGGGUUCAGCAAUUCAAACCUGUUCCUUCUGGCAGCCCUACUGGGUUUGGCAAUUUUACAAACCCAACUGGAUAUGCCAUGAAUGCCCCUGGUAUGGUUGGAGGUGCAACUGCUCUAGAAGAUUCAUCUCGUAUCAAAUACAAAGAUAAUCUCUACGUCCCAAAUCCUCAGGCUGAGACAUCAGAAAUCUGGAUACAGAAUCCAAGGGAGCUUCCCAGCAUGCAAUCUCCUCAAUACUACAACAUGCCGGGGCAAACACCGCAUCAUGCGGCUUAUAUGCCGUCUCAAGCCAGCCACGCCUCCUUCAAUGGAGCAGCAACACAAUCGUCGCACAUGCAGUUUCCUGGCAUGUACCAUGCUUCUCCGCAGCCUGCUGCCAUGCCUAGUCCUCAUCACCAUUUAGGACCUGCUAUAGGCAACAAUGUUGGAGUGGGAGUGGCUGCAGCCGCACCGGGGGCUCAGGUUGGUGCAUAUCAGCAACCCCAAAUCGGUCACCUCAAUUGGACGACAAGUUUCUGAAAGGAGAGAAGGAAAAAGGAAAAAAAGAAAGAAAUGGGAAUCCUAACCCUUUCCGUGUAAGGGGCUGAAGUAGAUAGAGAAAAAAACGGCAGGGUAUUACUGAAAUUUUUUCCGCCGCAUCAUGAUGCAUUCAUUGAUCUUGUCCAUCUGCGGUGGCUCUGGAAUUGUUGAGUUUGACUUGGGAAAGUAAAGUUUUAAAUAUUCUCAAGUGCCCAUGCCUUCAGACGAAAAAACAAGAGAAAGUAACCAUGCCUUCGAAGAACUCCCUCAAAUUCCUGGCGUAAAAUGCUUCACAAAAUCGAAUAAGUCCUUACGGUCAACAAAGAUGAAUUAAUGCUGUUAUGGGUAGCGGCUUGAGUGUUGACUGUGAGUGCCCGUUUCUAUAUCAUAAUUACUGUCUUUAAAAAAUGUCUGCUAUUUAAAAGGUAUUUGUAAUUAUGAAAACCUUAGGUUUUGCAAACAGCAAUUUUUAUGUAAUCAGUUCCUCUCUGCCCAAGAAAAAUGGGAAAAGGAGGCAAACAAGCAUUGGACCCCAGUCGGUUGGAAGUUUAGAAGGUGAAAUAAAACAAUUAAAGCUACAGACAUCAACAGAUCAAAGAUGUAAAUAAAAUCAAACUCUUAGUCU